AUGCCUCUGAUGACGCAAGCCAACGCGCCUACGGUUCUCAAAGCCAGCGGCAUGUACAGAACGACGAGUGAGGGUGGAGCAUCUGCCGCGAGCUCUACCUCCAAGCAUUGGUGGCGGUUACCACGGAAGAAGCACUAUAGCAAACACCUUGACAAGAAUCGACAUCCCUUUGUACGGAGCGCAUCUGGUGGUGAAGCCAGUUCUAUCGACUCUCAACUUCGUCCUUCCGACUCCACCUCCCUGUACGAGCUGCGGGAGAGCAAUUACCGGCAGCUUCAAAGCUUGAUACAACGAAUCAAAGCAGCCCCCUCGGGUCCUAGUCACGUCGACUCGGCGUACAAGGAGUUGGAGAAGAUCAGAGAAACCUGCUCAUCCCUGUGCCAUGGCCUGCUUCAGGAUCAUGCCAAGCCUGGCCGGAGCGUCUCCAACGCCACCGAGGCAACGAACCCAAGGAGCCCCUCAAUCGACUCUCCUCGCAGCCCCGGAGGCAGCGGCUUUGACCAGCGGAGCUCCUUCAGUGGCCGCAGUACCAGCGACGUGGUAAACGGCAGUGUCUCCAGACUCGGGCCAGCUACCGAGCUGUACCUGAACGCCAUCAGGGACUGGAAAACCUGCCUCCAGACUCUAUGCGAAGCAUUCAAAGUCAGCCUGGCCGAUACUUACAAAAGCUAUGAGCGUGACGCGACACCUGAAAUGAUUGAUCUGCUCUUCGCCAGCAAAAAGUUUCGCCGUGAAGCUGUGCACCGCAUGAGAAACGCCAGUGUGACGAGAGUCCUCUCGGCCGAUCCUCAGUUUUUUCCCCGGUACGAAAUCCGCUUCAGGAAUUACGAAAGGGUCAGGAAAGAGGUCGGCGAGAUUCGGCAGCUCCUUCAACUGGGAGAGUCGGGCAUAUCACCGCUACGCGAAGUCCAAGAAUUUGCCAUCGCACCGCGUGGCGACGCCGUCCUGGAAUUCGCCAACCUCGGCUCCGAAACGUCACACGUUGACCCCGUCCUGAGGUUUCGCGUCUCCUCCUACAUGCUGGCCGAGACGUCCCCGAUAUUCGCCCGCAUGUUUUCCGGUCAUGCCGGCAGCCUGUACUUGCACGAGGACGAGGACAUCACCCCGCGCCUGCCUCCCCCUCCUACGCCCUACAUGUGCAGAGAUGGUUCGGAAGUCAAGCUGUACCGCAUGCCCCAGUACGAAGUGAACCGGCUGCAAUCGCUCGAAAUCUUGAUGCACGCGGCCCACAUGCAUCGCGGCCUGGUUCCCCGCGAAGUGAGUUUUGAGCAAUUCGUCGCCAUUGCCGAGUGCUCGAUGCGGUACAGAAGCACUUCCCCGCUGGAGCUCGUGGUCGAGCACAUGUGGCUGCCCCAGUGGAUGCACCGCGGUGCUGAGGAUAUGCCAGACGGCCUCCUGGUCAUCAGCUACGCCUUUGGCUCCCGGGAGCUCUUCACGCGCACGUCCAAGAGUGCCAUUCUUCACCUGGCCGACGAGAGGGAGCUGCAAGCCAAGCCGUGGCCGCAGAGGAUAAAGGACAAAAUCUGGGCGGUUCGCUGCGCCAAGCUGGACCAGAUCCAUUCGUGCUGCACCAACGCUAUCCAAGAAUACAUUCGACCGCCCGUCCGAGAUUCACCGACCAGCAACUAUGUGGAGUCACACGCGUCGUCGGGCUUGACGGCGACGGGCUCAGCACGCGCCACAGCAUUGACCGGCUCGCCGAGGUGCCCCAGGGGCAGCCACAGCUGCGAUGCCGUCAACCUCGGGUGGAUGAUGCUCAUGUUCAACGAGAUGGGCGUCCUGCCCCAAAUCACGCAGCCCUGCAUCCUAUCGCACAUGCCGAAACACGAGGCUCCGGCGUUAAGCCUCGCGCAGAGAGUAGACAUGCUGAGGACGAUGCCCAGCCCCGCGUCGCCCGUUCACCGCGGGGGGGUGUGCGACCCGAGCAUCGCUUUCCGGACGGCCGUUGCGGACAUUUACAGCAGCGUCACCGGCCUGACGCUGCACGAUGUCAGCGGCAAGAGCCACGGCUGGGCCUUGUCCAAGCACCGAACGACGGAGCCGCAGACCAUCCCCGCCACCGGGCUGGACCGCAUGGCCGCCAGCCAAGACAACUACACCGUGGCAGCCGAGUUUCCCGGCUCGGUCCGGCUCCGCAUACUCGCCGAGAUCGACCGCCUCGACGACCUGCAGGCCGCCGCCCAGGUCGACAGGGGCUUCUACGAGACGUACAAGACGCACGAGGUGCGGCUGAUGCGCAACAUACUGCGCGCCGACCACCGCUUCGGAGCCGGCUUCCUCGCCGCGGCGGCCCAUCGCGCCGGCAACACGGAAGACAAGAUUCUCAAGCAGGAAUCCGACUUGAUACGGCAGCAAGGACCGCUCGAGGCGGCCGACUCCAUGACCCUUUUCAGCACCACCACCACCACCGGCGUGUCAGAUGACGAGGACGACCUGGACGGCAUUGGCGAGCUGGAUCCAGCCCCCCCGCCGGGCCACGCACCCGGAUCGUCGUCGGGCGAGGCCGCAGCCGCAGCCGCAGCCGCAGCCGCGCCAGCAACAGGCCGAGCCGCCUGCGGGACCGCGCCGGCCUCCCGCAUGACGGAAGAAGAGGCGCAGCGAAUCCUGUGGCCCGAGCCGAUCGCCUCCGAGGUGGCGGCGCGCGGGGCCGCCGCGCCGCCGAGCGUGGAGGGCUCCCGGGAAAAGUUCCGCAUGGGCGCCGCGUCGUCUGCGGGGCUGGAGGCCAAGACGCUGGUGGUGACGGGGCACAAGCAGCUGCGGAGCGAGCUGGACCGACGGAUGGGCCUGUUGAAGAAGGACGAGUGCCGGGACGGAUGCCGGGCAGGCGGGUCGAAAGGGUGA